AUGGAAGUCUUUGAAGACUAUAAACGGCGAUUGGAAAAAAGAUUUCCGCGACGACUGGAGGAAUCUGAGGGCGAAAUUGAGUCUCUGCGAAUACGAUUAUUCCACAGCCUCAAGGAAGCCAAGAAGUAUGACGGGGCGGAAAAGCUCUAUCAUGAGACAGUCAAGAAGUAUGACGACGCUAAGAACCUCUCCCAUGUGACAGUGACGGGCAGGGACCCUACCAAAAGCGAAGAUACAGAGGCCGAGCCCAUUUCUAGAGCAGUGUGGGAGAAAAGGAAACAGUGCCCAGGUCCGCCGUCGGAAGUUUCCAAGGAGAGCCACCGCCAGCUAUGCUCCGUUUUAUGCGCUGUAGGACGACACAGGGAUGCAGAGAACAUGCACAGAGACAUCUAUCAGAGCGGAACGAUGGACGCGUGGGCGUUGGAGAAUGGAGACGAGGUGUGCCAGAGACGGAGAGAACAGGGAGAGUUUAGAAGGGCAAAGGAAAUGCAGGAUGAGGUGUGGAAGGAAAGGCUGAAGCAACACGGCCCCAGAGACGACUUAACCAUCCGAAGUGGUCUGCGUCUCAUCGGAUUCCUUGACGAACUCGUCACCAUCAUCGACCAAGAAGGCGGUACUGAUGCUGAGAGAAGAUUUAAUAUCAGUCACAAACAAGCCUUCAAGUGUGAGAUUGAAGUGAUACUUCGAACCAUCUGGGACUCGCGACUACACCUAGAGCCAACCAUUGAUAUCCUCGAUGCUGGACACCAGUUGGGCGUCAUUCUUUCCUCUCAGAGUAAGUUUGCAGACGCCGAAGCGAUCUUCAUGCCUGUGUGGGAGGGCAGGAAGCGACAACUAGGGGAAAGAGCCGGAAGCACCAUGUCUACUGGCAGUUUGCUUGGUAAGGCUUUAUAUCGACAGGGAACACGGGAAACCUAUCUUAGGGCCGUCGAUAUCUUUCAAGGCAUAUGGCUUGUAAGGCAGACCGUGAUGAAGAACGGUGACGCUGAGACAGUUGCAAGCGGAGAAGAUCUUGCCCAGGCUUACCGCUCACUGGGGGACUGGCCAAAUGCCGAACGCGCCUAUAGAUGGAUUAUACACCACAAAGAGCAGAGGCCUGGUUGUCCGACGCGGGAGAUUGAGGAUGCUCGCUGGAACCUAGGCCAGACACUCUAUAAGCAAGGAAUGGACAAAGACCGUGAGGCGGUCAGAGUUCUUGGCACGUUAUACCAUCAAUGGCAUGCGAGCUCCCCAAAUUCCAACGAGACACUACAGUGCGGUCAGAUGCUAGGUCAGUCGCUCUCAACUCAGAACGGAAGGAUUGACGACGCUUUGGACAUCGCUCUAGAUGUAUUCAACAGGAGAGGUGCCUCAGCAGAGAGCGGCGUAGCUUAUCUGGAUAGCGGCCGCCUGUACGGCUCGUUGUUGCUUGGGGUUGGGAACUUUGCAGAGGCCGAGAGAAUCCUGGAAGUCGUGUGGGGAUACCAAGCCGUGGGAAACGAAGAACAGGAAAUGCGGUUUAAGUGCGGCCAACUCUAUGGCCAGGCCUUAGCUAAGAAAAACAAGUAUCCCGAUGCGAAAAAGAUCCUAGAGGCAGUAGCCGAAGCUCAAGGAGGAAUCUCUACUGGGAUUCUUGACAUCGCGGAGACUCGCCGGCUCAUCGAAGACGUGAACCGGCAGAGAAAAGAAAAGGAGAGAGAGAAGCGGAGCAAUGGUCGGCGGAGGGGCUUCUUGUAUCGAGCAAGGCAGCAGUAA